UUUGGAGUUUAGCUUCGAGGAUUUGGACGAAAGGAAGAAGAAGAAACCUAGAAAAUGGAUGCAAAAUCAUUGGCGAAAUCGAAAAGAGCUCAUUCGUUACAUCAUAGUAAGAAGAAUCAGCAACAUCAUUCGUCCAAAGGUGCCUCUUCUGUCCCUAGUGCGUCUACUGGUGAUAAGAAACAAAGUGGAAAACAAGUUAAGGAAAAACCUGUACAGGGACAUGGUUCUAGGGGACUUCCUUCGAAUUGGGAUCGGUAUGUCGAAGAAGGAGAAGAAGAGUAUGGGUUUGAUUCUGAGAAUAUGGUUCCUCAAGAUAGUGUGUCUAAGGCUGCUACGGAUGUUGUUGCACCGAAAAGUAAGGGGGCGGACUAUGCUUACUUGAUUUCUGAGGCCAAGGCUCAGUCUCUGUAUUCGUCGUCACAUAGUGUUCCUCUGUUCGAUGAUGUUCUACAUGAUUUCUAUCAGGGGCUUGGUCCAUUGCUUUCUGUUAAAGGGCAAAGCAUAGCAUCGUCGAUUAGUGAUGACAAUUUUGGGUCAGAAGAUAAAGGUCCUCCUCCAGAUGAGGCCUCUUUUCUCUCUCUCAAUUUGCACACUCUUGCAGAACAACUUGCAAAAGCAACUCUAUCAGAAAGGCUUUUCAUCGAACCUGAUUUACUACCUCCAGAACUGUGCACAGAGGAAUUGCAAAAGCUUAGUGAGAACGAACAGGCUAAAAAUAAGGCUGGAGUGGCUGAGGAAGUUUUUGAUUCAUCAGCUCAUCGCAAUGGUUCUGAAGAAAGUGGGAGUAUGCAUCAGUAUCUUAGAAGUCCAUAUAAUACAGCUGGCACCAGCACCAGCAGCAGUACUAGUGCGAGGGAUGAGAUAUUGCAAGCAAAAGGAAUAGGACAAACUGAUUUGCCAAGGUACACUCCCGAAAUCAAUGUGAACACUGCUGCUAAGAAACCAGCACAAUUCGAGGUAGCCAGUGCAGAGGCAGAGCUUGACAUGCUUCUCGGCUCUUUUGCUGAAACAAAGUUUCUCGAGUCCAACAGAGUAACAGAGGAAUCAUGGGACAAUUCUUUUUUGACACAAAAUGAUGUUUCAUCCUCAUUUUCAGAAAGGGGUUCAUUGAGUCAGAAGGUUCCUACUAGAUCAGAUGUAACAGACCCAGAUCCAGGGUUGGGUGGAACUGCAGCGAGGGAUAUGAAGCUUGACGAUAUUGUUGAUGAUCUACUCAGAGAAACAUCCAUUCUGACUAACAAAAACGAGGGAUCACUGGGUGAUGAGGCAAGAUCUGCUUUUCGCAAUACCCCCUCUUCCUCAAACCCUGUCACCAAGUCUAAACUUACUGAUGACUUCGAUUCAUGGUUUGACACAAUAUAACCGAUCUUCAGCUUCUCUUGUACAAGGCCAGCUGUUUGACACCACAUAACUCUUUGAAUCCAAAAAGGCGAAAAGCAGGAUUGCUAAGUGGUAAGAAUCCAAAAAGUCUAGCCUCUAUGUUCAGCUGAGUUAUCAUGAUUUACAUUCUUCUAGAUGUCCUGUUGGUCUGGGGCGUGGGGGGCCUUUGGAGUUGAGGAUUCAACCUUUUGGG